AUGGGGGUCUCUUCAUCAGGACCACCUUCGCCCACCCGUGCUGAGUCAAAUGUUGAAGCAGAUGUUCAGCUGAUAUUUAACGAGAAUUCCACAAAGCCUGUUCCAGCUACUGCAGACAUUGUGGACACUCUGAAAGGGGCAAUUUCAAACACAAGCUCAGGAUUCAACUUGACAGUGGACCCUGCUAGCAUCACAGUCCUCAGUGUACCGCAGAUGCUCCCUGUUAUAUUCCUGACAAAUGGUACAUUUGUAACAGCUCUUUCAGACUCCACCUCAGACUUAUUUACCAACAGGUCAAUAAUCAUCAAAACAAGUCUUGAACCUUUUUUCACAGCUGACUUCCCUUCAGCGUUCAGCAGCUUGAUAAUUUCAAAUUUCAGUAAUGGAGGUCUCAGCAUGACAGGUCAAACGAGGAUUCUGAAUCAGAUGGACGUCUUUUUUGGGUCGUCUGCUGCACUUCCCAACAGCACCCAGAUCGCACAAACUUUAAUUAAAGCAGCUAAAAACAACACCCUCCCCUUUCAGAUCUUCACCUCACAGAUCACAGUGAAUGGCACGGUAAUAUCAUCAGGUGAAAUCAGCAGCAAGAUCAGCAUGUUUACUGCAACCUUCACAGUAACCAUGUCACUUCUGGUCACAUGGUCCAGCUGAUGAUAACUAUGUUUGGGAUUCAGGAAAAGAAACCAGGUUCUUCUGUCUGGAUUUUCUCCUCUCUAUAGAGUAAAAUACCGUCUGCACUCCCUCAUAAACUAAUCCCUCAUAAGACAAAACAAUGGACAGCAAACUAAAGCUCUUUUUAAAAUUUUUUUGUAUUAUUUUUUAUAUAUUUUUUUUCCAAGUCACAAGGCCAAUUACCCAACUCACUUGUUAGGACUCCCCCUAUCACUAGUGAUGCUACAACACCAGGAGAGUGAAGACUAACACACGCCUCCUCUGUUACAUGUAAAGUCAGACUCCGCCUCUUUUUGAACUGCUGCUACAUCAGCUUGUGCUGAUCUACAUCACCCGAGGAGUGCUGUGGAGAGAGAGCGCCAUCUACCCACCUAGAGAGAGCAGGGCCAGUUGUGCUUUCUCAGGGCUGAUGGCAAGCUGCAUUACCAGGACUUAGUCUGCUGGACCAUUCUGGGCCCUCAGUUGCUAAGAUUUGUUUGAAAUCUGUAGUCUUGUUUUUAUUUUGACAUUGGUAUAAUUUGACUUGGUUUGUAUCUGCAGCAGAAGAGUAGUAAGGAAUAUAUCAGUUAAUACAUGUGGGUGUUCGUUGAUUGGUCAGAUAUUUGUCAGGAACACAUAUUCUUGAUAUAAAUGUCUGAUAUAAAUGUUCUACCCCUACUGUGCAUGAGAACAGAGAUGUUCAAUAUCUGCUUGUGUAUUUUAAUCAAAGUAUAAGUAUAACCCUUACAUAUUUAUGAUUCAUUUUUUAGUUAACUUUUAAUUUACAUACUCAGACUGCAGAUGCGUAGAUCACACAACAGCUGCAUUCCAAAGCCUAAUGCUGGAUUCAAGAUGGACAUAUUGUAUUUACAAGAUGAGUGCACAUGAACAUCACCACAAACUCGUAUUUUCCAGUGUUUUUGUUAAGUCCUGACUUUCCGAAUUGAAGCCAUGUUCACUGAGUUAUUGGAAUUUUCCCAGUGUGUUCCUAUGGUUUGAAACCAAAAGCACUCAAACAGAAGUUAAACUUGUCUGUCUAAAGUCGUUAAUGGAAGUGUUAAUGGAAAACUGUAUGCAACGAAAUGCUGUAGCAAUCGCACUGUAGGCCUAUUUAUUUACCUUUAUAUUAGUAUUGAUCUAUUUCUGAAUUAAUAUUCUCUGUAUCUUUAUAUGUAGCCAAACCAGAAUGCACUGAAGUACUAUCAUAAUUGAUUUACAUAUUUAUUGAAAAACUGUAAUAUAUAUAAUUAUAUACAAACACAUUUUCUAUGUAGCAUGAUAAGUAU